AUGAUUACAUGCAGACAGAGCUGCUCUCACCUGAGGACACCUUUCAACCUUUGCUGUCCACCGUGGUUACUGUUAUGCUCUGCGGUGCUCAUGAGCACAGAGCUGAGAUGCACACAAGGGCUGAAGGUGACAUCGACAGGCCCGCAGACCAUCCAGAGGGCCGAGGGCGACACCGUGACUUUGGGUUGCAGUUACAUGCCGAGCUUAUUGGACACCGGAGAAAUUGACAUCGAAUGGUCUGUGCUCAGUCCAGACACUACCAAGAAGGAUCAGAUGCUUCUGUCAUACACCCGCGGCACCAAGUACUACCACGGAGGUCCUAGAGUUACUGAAGGCUUCAGCUUUGCUGCAGGCGAUCCCUCCAAGGGCGACGCUUCUCUCUCCAUCGCUCAGCUGUCACGCGACCACAGUUCUACCUACCAGUGCAAAGUGAAGAAGUCACCUGGGGUCGAUACCCGCAAGGUGUCACUGGUGGUUAAGGUAAAACCAUCUGUACCUCGCUGCUGGCUGGAAGGAGGGGAGCUUGUCGGUGAAGCCGUUUCUCUGCACUGCGAGUCCUCUGAAGGAUCCACUCCCCUAAUGUACAAGUGGCGGAGAGAAAGCAAAGACCCCAUGCCUGCUGCUGCCACACAGGACGGCGCAGCCGGGGAGUUGAGAAUCAGCAACCACACACAGAGCUUUGCAGGGAUCUACCUUUGUGAGGUGAACAAUGCUGUUGGAGCUGAACGCUGCAGGAUCAGCCUGAGAGCCAACAAGCAUCCAAACAGAUCUGCAGUGAUUGGGGGGAAAGUUGUGGGCUCGCUUCUCCUCAUCUUCAUCUUUCUGGUGUUUGCUGGGGUCCUGUACUGGAAGCUGAAGGACAGACGCCACCAUGAUGAGGAGUUCUCCAAUGAGAUCAGGGAGGACGUGGGGCCACCUGACAGCCGCCCGGUGAGCCGGCACACCGGUCCGACCCCGCAAAGCUGGACGGAUCAGAACGAUGUCAGCUAUUUCACACACAAUCCCUCCAGCUACAGGCAAGGACAAACAGCGGUGCAACAUGCAGCGGCUGGAGAUGACAGCAAGCACCGAUACGCAGCGUGAAGCAGGAGGACUUUAACCUGUUUGGACAGGAAAAAAAUAUAGAGAAGUUAAAUGUACAUGCAGGUCAAAAUUUUCAGUGUAUCAGAAUUUUCAAAAAUAGUAAUAAACACAAUUUUGAUACUUAGAGUGUAAAGUAUAUACAUAUAUAAACAAAGUAAUUUAUUUAAGCAUUUAUUUCUGGUAAUUUUGAUGGCUAUGACUUACAGAUUAUAGAAAAACCCAAAUCCAGUAUCUUAGAAAAUGUUAAUAUUAUGUAAGAUAACAUUUUAAAAAGUACAGGAAUGUUGAGGCCUGCAGCAUCAUGGGAAAAGACUGUGGGGUUCACAGUUGAUACCCUUCACAAGAAAGGGAAUUUACAAGCUGAAACAUCAAAAUAUGAGAGUAAAGUUUAGUGGAAGGAAAAAAUAGUUGGAAAACGGUACAUUAGCAACAAGAGAAAAUAUAGCCUUCUGAGGACCGUACAGCACAUGGACGUCCUUUGCAGAGAAAUCCAAAUUUUUUAAUUUAAUAGAAAUAAGCAAUAUAAAAGAAGUGAACGUAAAUGUCUUAAUUGAAUUAUCGAAGUAAGUGUUUUUUGUGAGGGGAAAACAAAUGAAUUCACACAUUAAAUCAAAAGAGAUAUUUAUUUCAUAAUAGACCUCAUUUGGAAAUACUCAACCAUUCAAAAAACAUUUAUACGAUCAGGUGUUUCAUUUUUCUGGGAUGAACUGACAGGACUCGACAUAUCAACAGUCACAUGCAAUGGGUUUUGUCCACCUUGUAAAAAAACAAAACAAAAAAAAAAACGACUACAGCCCUGACCAUCAGCCGCCUCCAUCAACUCUU